CGGACGUGACGUCAGAGUCAAAACAACCAGAGUGCAGUCUCUUGUGUUAUGAAAGCUGCUAAGUGAAAUGUUGUAUAACUGCUUUUCCUCUGCACUUACACAACACCAUGUGGAGAGCUGAAGGACUUCUGCCGGUCUAGUUUUGCCAAAAACAUUUAAAGAAAGAAAGAAAUUUUGAUUUAGAACAGUUUGAGAAAAGACGGAAACAGCAUGGCAAAGCGGAGAGAGUGUGGAUUGACAGAGACCGAUACAAAGAAACUGAAGCAGGUGCUGAAGGCAAAGAGCAGCGGAGCAAAAGCAAGAACGAGGAAGAAAGAUGCAGAGGAAGAGGAGAAGCUCGAGAGGAAGGUCAAACUCAAACCACGUUUCUCCACAAAACGAGCAGCAGGGAACACCGCUUCCACCUCAUCCACAACCACCAGUUCUGUCCAAACCAGUAAAUACUUCCAGUCAUCAGUGAAGGAGGAGGAGACUGACAGUGAAGACGACUUUGACAUGGUGACCUCAGCAGCACCUGCAAUUACAGUGAACACCAAGAAAACAGAAAAAGAACAAGAGGAGGAGGACAGUGAGGAAGAUGCGGAUGAUUGGGAGGAAGUGGAAGAGCUGGCUGAGCUGCUGGGUCCAGAUGAACCACCAGAACCCGUUCUGCCCUCUCAACCGGUUGAGAUAGAGAUUGAGACUCCAGAAGUCAGAAAAAAGCAAAAGAGGCAUGCUGAGUUUGAGACAUAUCUGAGGCGGAUGAUGAAUCGAUACAAGAAGGACCAGCUGAUAGACACACACAAGGUCCACCUCAUGUGCCUGAUAGCCAGUGGGAUGUUCCGCAACCGGCUGUGCAGUGAACCAGACCUGCUGGCCAUCACUCUGUCACUGCUGCCCACCCACUUCAGCAUGGUUGCCAAGGAAUACAUUGACCAAAACUACCUCUCUGGACUGCUCAAAUGGUUUAGAGCAACGUUCACUCUCAACCCCAGUCUUUUCUGUGAGGAGCGUCCGGACCCCUGGGCUCUGCUGGAGAGACGGCUGGCCAGUCUGUCAGCCAGAAACCACCAGGAGAUGACUCAUUUGUUCCUGUUGGUCCUGAGGUCUCUGCAGCUCUUCUGCCGAUUGGUUCUUUCUUUGCAGCCGAUUCCUCUCAAACUCCCAUCGGCCAAGGGCAAAGGGGCUAAAACAUCUGCUAGUGCCCCAGGAAAUGGCCACACAAGCCAGGGAACCUCCAAGACCAGCCCCCCUCAGCCGAAGGUCUCUCCUGGGAGCAAGAGACCAGCAGGAGGUUUGAAGACCAAAAGAGACAGAGGAGGAAAGAAAGCAAAGAAGAAAGAAAUAAAGGAGGAGGAUGAGGAGGAAGAGGAAAAGGCUAUAACGUCAGCAGGGCAGAGGCCAAAGAACUCAAAACGCAGCAGCAUCGCCUCAAACGUCAGCUACAAGGAGGAGAGCAACAGCGAAGGGGAAAAUGAGGAGGAGGGGCUUAGCGAUGAGGAGGAAUUUCAGGCGACCAGUGAGAAGGACGGUGCAGAUUCAGAGAGCAGGACUAAAUCUAUAAAGAAGAAGGGGAAAGGGAAGAGCAAAACGAAAGUGGCCAACAGCAAGAAUACCACAGCUUCGAAGAGAAGGAGUGGUGGCGAUAAAAAACAGGUAAAGGAGGAGGACCGUGAGUGGAAGGAAGAGGAGGAAGAUCAUGACGAGGGAGAAGGAAUGACAAGCAAUGGAACAAAGCGAAGGAGUGGGAAAAAGAAGGAGGGGCCUGGAGCGGACGAGUGGUUGGAGGUCUAUCUGGAAAAAACCUCUUCCUGGGUUUGCGUGGAUGUGGAGCACGGUGUCGGGAUGCCUCACCUCUGCUCCCAGAAUGCAACAGCGCCAGUGACGUAUGUGGUGUCGUUGGACGGGGACGGGUUUGUUAAGGACCUGGGAAGGAAGUAUGACCCCACCUGGAUGACGUUGUCCAGGAAGAGACGGGUGGAUGAAGAUUGGUGGGAGGAAACGCUCGAGCCAUUCCUGGGACCCGAGGACGAGAGGGAUGUAACGGAGGACAAGGAGCUCCAGAACAAGCUGCUGAACAAACCCCUGCCAAUCUCAGUGGCUGAGUAUAAGAACCACCCGCUGUAUGCCUUAAAGAGACACCUGCUAAAAUAUGAAGCUAUCUACCCUUCAACAGCCACAGUACUGGGAUACUGUCGAGGAGAGCCGGUGUACUCCAGGGAUUGUGUGCACACCCUCCACUCCAGAGACACAUGGCUGAAAGAAGCACGAACUGUCAGACUAGGAGAGGAGCCAUACAAGAUGGUGAAGGGCUUCUCUAAUCGUUCCCGUAAGGCCAGGAUGAUGUCUGAGCUGAAGGAUGACAAUGACCUGCCUCUGUUUGGAGAAUGGCAGACUGAAGAGUACCAGCCGCCUAUAGCUGUGGAUGGGAAGGUUCCUCGUAACGACUACGGUAACGUCUACCUGUUUAAGCCCUGUAUGUUACCGGUGGGCUGUGUUCACCUCAGGCUGCCCAACCUGCACCGCGUGGCCAGGAAGCUGAACAUCGAUGCCGCCCCUGCGGUCAAGGGCUUUGACUUCCAUGGAGGAUACUCACAUGCUGUGACUGACGGUUACAUUGUGUGUGAGGAGCAUGAGGAGGUUCUCAGAGCAGCCUGGGUAGAAGAACAAGAGCUUCAGAAACAGAAGGAGAAAGAGAAAAAAGAAAAGAGGGCGAUCUCCAACUGGACUCUGCUGGUGAAGGGGCUCCUGAUCAGAGAAAAGCUUAAACAGCGCUAUGGCAAGAAGAACCAGGGACUGGCAAGCCUUGCUCACAGAGAGGAGCCCGGUGGGCUUUCAUCUGAUGAGGAGGCUGUUGAGGGUGGAAGUCCUGGAGCUAAGACUGCGUCUGAAACUCUGGCUGUGUCCUGGCCCCAGAACAGACAAGCAGAGGAGGGAAUCAGCAAACUGAAGACGAAGACAACAACAAAACGAGAAAAGAGAGGACAAGAGAAACAUUUGUUCCCCUUUGAGAAAGUGUGAUGUCAGAGAUCCAAAACUACACUCUGAUUUAGUUAAAUUAAGGUUGAUUACCAUCUGCUCUCAAAAAAGCACUUGGCUGACUGCUCCUGAUAUUUACUUUAGAAGAUGUUCACAUACCUUGAAAGCAGGAUAAAGUGUGCCUCAGGUAGAACAAAUUUGAAAUCAAUUUUUGCAAGUUUGGUCAACACUAGAACAUUUGGCUAUAACAGGAGAGGAAGAUGGAAGGAGAGGAAUGUUUUGUAGUGAACUGAAAUGCAGAUUGAUCUGUUUCUUCCAGUGGUGAUAAUACAUACAUUAAACCUGCUCGGUCUCCACCAUCACUGUACAUAUUCCCAUUAGCUCAUAUGCUGUAUUGUUAGCUUUUGUAUGAGAACUUGUACAGAUACAGUACAUGCCAAGAUGCCAGUGGAAGAAAACAUGCAUGGUGAAUAUCAAAUCGAGGAUGUUGCUAGUGUGCUCUUGUGCAGAAGCGUGUUAUUACUCAACAUGAAUGUGAGAACAGGGAAGUAUCCUUAGAGUCAUAUGUGUGUUUAAGAUGGCAUAAAGACACACUGAUCAUCAUUUUACCUGGACACCUGUGAUACUCAGCCCUCUUGCAAAUGUUCAGUUGGUGUGUUCCAAAACUCGACCAGGUUUGAGCUAGGUGGGCAUAGUUUCCAUAUCAGUUCACCACACGAAACGGCACAUACAGCUUUCCCUGACUUGAAAUGAUGGCUUUUCGUCUAUGGCAAGUAAACACUAGAACCAAUGUACCAACAACACUACAAAGAAUAAAGGCUAAUAAACAUAUUUCCCAUGGCUUGUAGUGGCUGAAUCGAAAUGAAAAACUGCCAACACUUAAAAGCUGUGAAACGAUUAAUUGUUACAGCCUCUCCACUACCUGCUGCUGUUUCAUUUCAUCACAUUCCAUAUAAGUGGGUUUUCCCAACCAGCCAUUGCUACUGGCUGGACUGUUCACCAUGUCACCUGACAAUAUGAAAACAGAAACUUGUAUUGUUGUUUUUUAAUUGAAAACUGUAUCUCCUGGUUGUCACAUUUUCAGGACCUAACACAAACAGCCAUGUUUUUAGCUCUGCUUCUGUGCCCUUUUGAGUCAAUGUAACUGUUUUGGGGUUGUAGGAUGUUCUUAUCUGACAGAGAUGCACGUGUGGACCAUGUAACCCUUCUCUUCAGGUUUAAACAUGAAAAUCACUAAAACUGCAGUUAAGAAGUUGUUAAAUGAUCUCUUAGCUCACAAGACGAAUACUUUUGCUAUCUAUGUUUGCUCCUGUAAUAUUUAUUGGACAUUUUUUACAACACAGUUAUAUCUUAAAAUGAACAAAAAUUAAAAAUUUACCAGGGCUAUCAUUCUA